CAUGCCCGUGAUGGCGGCGCCGGAGCCGCCGCAGCCGGAAGGUUCGCGGCCCCUCAGCGCCCUCCUGAGCGGCAUCGCCCAGGCCGCCUUCCACGGCAACGCCGCUGUCACCGACGAGCUGCUGCGCGGGCAGCUCUACCCCGAGGCGCCGCCGGAGGAGUUCCGCGCCCUGCGCACCAAGAUGGGCGGCCUCCUCCAGUCAAUUGCUUCAGCGGACAUGGAUUUGAAUCAGCUGGAAGCUUUCCUCACUGCCCAAACCAAAAAACAAGGUGGCAUCACGUCAGAUCAAGCUGCAGUCAUUGCAAAAUUUUGGAGGAAUCACCGAACUAGUAUCCAUGAGAGCCUGAUCAAUCAGAGCCGCUGGGAUAAUGUCUUGAAAAACAUGAACUGGCGAGUGGAUCUGAAGUCCCAGUUGAGACACAUCGAUCAGAUAAACACUCCUGUUGCAAUAGUGGAAAUGGAAGUGGGAAAAAAUGGGCAGGAAUCGGAGUUUCUCUGUCUGGAGUUCGAUGAAGCCAAGGUGAGCCAGAUGCUGAAGAAACUCUCAGAAAUAGAGGAAAGUAUGGCUUUGUUGACUCAGACUACUUAAUCAAAUAAAGAGAUUGCAACUUAGAAAAAAA